AUGGAAUUCGAUAAUCUAGCAGUUACCAAUCAAGCAAUUGACCAGGGAUUAUACUGGAAUUCCGAAGUCCAUUCCGUCGUCUUCUUCUGUCGUGAUGGUAGGGUGAAGCUAUGCCGCAAGUGCCAGAAACCAGGGCAUGUUCAAUCACACUGCCCACACAAAAGCUUCAUAUGUGGUCACUGCGCAGACGAGCACCCGACCUGGGAGUGCCCGUCCACGCGUGGCGGCAUGAUUCGAAUCAAGUGUGCUAACUGCUCAGGUAAUCACCGGCCCACAAGCUUAGAUUGCCCGGUCAAAAGAGAAGCGAAGGCCAAGGCAGAGCAGAUACGUGCGGAAUGCCCGCCGUAUCACCGCGUGCCUCUCCAUCUCCGCACACCGCGUGCUCCAGCUCCAGCUCCAGCCCUAGCUCCAGCUCCAGCACGAGCUUCGGCUCCAGCUCCGGCUCUAGCUCCAGCGCGUGCCCCAGAGUUCAAUUCCACGUCACAAGCCGGGCUCAAAGACUCGGUACACGCUCCAGCGAACCGCUUCGACUUCCAGUUCAGCCAAUCAGCCAGCCAGCGCACAAUUCCACUCGCCAGCCAGCAUACAGCUCCACCAGCGAGCCAGCCAGUAGCUCAGAAGGCCCGGGGCCGGCCUAAGGGCUCCAAGAAUAAGUCAAAAACCUCCACAUUCAGCGACAAGAGCUUACCCACGCAACCAGAGCUCACGCAGAACACCCUAGCAAUCAGUAAGCGUGCCAGGAACAGUCGUUCCCAGCAGCAAGCGCUCCCAGACCCGAUCUCGGACCCAGAGCGUCUCCUACAGCACAAGAAACGUCGCUUUAAAGAGCCCCAGAUCGACAUAGAAAACGACCAGGUCAUGCGGGCCAGAUCUCCAUCUCCAGCUCCAGCUCCAGCUCCAGCCAACCCAGCCAUGCAGCUACUUCAAAGCGCUAGAGAACAGCUUAGUAUUCAAGACCCGCCAGCAAGGGGACAGCACACACGUCUACGAAUUCUUCCACCACACCCCCCAGCUCCAGCGCCCACGGAGGAGACGCUUCCACUAAGCCAUGGACUCCACUUCAGCGAUAUCUUCGACGGAGAUAUAUUCCACGUCGGCAGCUCGCCCCCAGAACCAGAAGAAGAGUUCUUCCACGAGGCUUCAGAAUACAGCGACGACCACGACGACCACCUCUCAUCCAAUGAAUAA